AUGCAUUCACCAUAUUCUCCAACCAAAGUUGGACAAAGAAAGUUUACAAGGGUCGUCAAGCAAGAUGAGAGCAUUGGCUCACUUUUGACUCCACCUGAAGUCGUCCCAUCUGGUUCGUCGAACAUUUCAAUACAAUCCUGUUUAACACCAAGUUCAACAAUUGGAUCUUCAAGCACAUCUUCUCACCCUUCUUCACCUAACCACCACACAUACUACAAGGCGAACUUAAGUAAGGCACAGUUCAACUCCAUUCUUGUAAACUGCGCUACGAAUUUGCUCAAGAUCCUUUAUACAACAUCACAUUAUGGGCAAGUUAAGUUUGUUGAGAGGGAUACCAGACUAUUCAUAAUUGAGAUCUUGAGAAGGUCCAAAACUUCAAUUCAUUCAUUGCAACUCACGUGCUAUUACAUCUACAAGCUCAUUAACUUAAGAAGAGUCUCUUAUCACUUCAGCUCCAUGAUCGAUUCCAAAAAAAUGUUUUUGGUUUUGCUCAUUAUUGCAUCGAAGUUCAACCAGGACCACAACUACUCCUUGAAGUCAUGGUGCAAAAUUUGCGGCGUUGAUUCCGAGUCUUCCAAAAACCUCCAUCAAUUACGUGAUAUGGAAAUCACAGUAUUAAGUCAAUUGAAUUACGAAUUGGUUCUUUCAGGCGACAAGUAUGAGAAUUGGUGUAAUGUUUUGCUCAUUUUUGCUUACGACUUCAUCAAGUCACAAUUUAUUAAGACAGGGCCCACUGCCAUUGGCAAUUGCAAUAAUGUAGCGCAGCUCACCACCAUUUCCAGUGAAAUCGUUUGGGACUUGGAUACAUCCAGUAACGCGGCAAAAAUUGUCAAGUGGUAUAAGUUUUUCAAAGAUCUAAACAUGAGCAGCUUGAAUCUUGUUAAAAUAAGUUUUAGCAGUUUUUUUAGCAGCCAAAAAGGCUCCAAAAUUUUUGCUGUUUCAUCAUCAUCAUCAUCACCAUCAUCAUCAUCACCACCAUCAUCAUCAUCAUCAUCACAAUCUUCUGUGUUUAUCUCUACUGAUACUAAUCAAGCUGUUUUGGAGUCCAGGAAAAGAUGCAUGGAACAAGCGAAUAUAGACCUUUCGCAUAUACCUAAAAAAGUUAGAGCUUGA